AUGCAAGACAUAUCUGACCAAUCUUUUGCGCCAAAGAUAUCAGAAAUGAACAUAAAAUUGCCGUCCCUUUCUGAAAUCAAAACUUUUACACUAUUCGAAAAAACUGAAGAAUCCCCUCCAAAGUUUGAGCUGCCCAAAAUUGAUAUACAUUUUCCUAUGAAAUUUUAUAUUUGCCUUCCAUUAUCUAUUAAAACCACAUUACUAUAUAUUUUUAUUCCAUUUCCAAUAUCAAUAUUUAUAUUACAAUCCACUGAUCUCUCGUUUUCUAUAAAAACAAGCUAAAUCAGUUAUUAAAACUGCCUCACAAAACUAAUUAAAGGUAUAUAUGAAAUUUUUUGAAAAAUCUUUUGAAGAAAAAAUCUCAGCUAAAUCCAAAAAAAAAAUAAAGCUUCCAAGCCCUACUGCUCCUACAACAAAUUCCACUGACGCAACUUCGCCAGAUAAUGAGGAAACCAAGCAAACUGGCUUGCGGAGAUCAUCUCGAAUAAGACCAGAUAAAAAAUUAAAUUAUUCAGAUUAUAUAAAUAGUUCUGAAGAAGAUGCAUCAGAAGAGGAGAACGAGCCUGAAGAAAUAAUUGAAGCCAGCGAUGGCACGAAGUUUAGAGUGCUGUCAGUUGAUAAUUCAGAUUUUUUGGAAUGUCUCCAUUGCUUUAAAGUAGUUCAGCAAAAGUCUAUGUACGCACAUUUAAAAUCAAGAGUUCAUAAAUCUAAAAAUAAUUAA